UCAGAAUUUCUCAGCAAGAACUAGACAAAACAUACACCCUCUUUAGCAUAAAUUGAGCUGGGAGUGGAGUGGGAGGGCUUGGAGGAAGGAAAAAAAGAAGGGUCUGUAUUUCAAUAAAUAUGAAUAAAUUUAUUAGAUACUUUUCACAAUCAGAUAGCUCCAAAAAAAAAAAAAAGAAAGUUUAUUUUUUAUCUUUCUAAGGAUGUAAGCCUUAAUGAAAACAAAUCCUAGUUACAAAUUUAGCGAAUUGCCCAAUAAUUAUUUUUCAUGUAUUAGAACCUGAAAAAUUGUUAACCACGUUUUUGCUCCAAGAUGUGUGAGGGCCAUUCAAGGACUGUAGGGCCCUGGAUAGACACACAAACAAGUAUGUGUAUAUCUGGAGCCCCACACAUUGUAAUAAACACAGCUGCAUUUAUUUGUGUAUGUGAUCCCAUAUACACGUAAAAACAUUCAAACAAACACACUCAGCAGAUUUAUUUGAUUGUGCAAUGGGGCAAUUAUUCAAAUAAACAUGCUCGGCGCAAUUAUUUGAAUCUCACAUUGCAUGUUCAUCAAUCACAGCGCUAAAAAAGAGGGGGGAAGAACACCAAAGAUUUUACAUGGGAAAAAAAAUACAUGUGAAAACAACCUUAUUAUAGAUUUUAUAGGGUUAGCCAAAGUUACGGCUCCCUCCUUAACUGUAACUCCACCAUUGGGUAUUCAGCGACAUUUGUUUCUAAUGAUUAAUUGGUUCAUUCACUUGGCCAUUAUAUCAGAGUGACCACAACAUUCAGAUUUAUAUAAUAGCAAACUUUACAAACCUGAAUUAGGUAGAGAUACGGAAUCUCUAUAGUUCCAGUGUAGGAUAGUUCUUUCUAGACAUUUUAUGUCAAGGGGACACCCUGGUCAAAGUAUUAUGGCUUUAACUAGCACUCCCAUAAAUUAAAAACUUUUAUACAUGCAACAAAACAUUCCUACAUUUGAAGACAUUAAAAAAAAAUCACAGAUGACUCAUCUGGUCAUUUUAUAUAUCGAUAAAUAUUAUGACAUAUAUGUGAACACAUCAAGAAUCAUAUAGGUGUACCAAGAGGCAAUUUCUGCCUCUCUUAAGUAUGUACUGACAUAACUUAAUAUACUAAAAUGGGAAGGGGUGUUUAGUCACUGAAAUAUGCAUCGUGUAACAAAGAUGAAGAAAAUACAUGGCUUGUGCCCAUCAUAAAAACGAUUCAGACUGAAGGCUUAGCUUUGGUUUUUAUUCAAUUAAAUUGUUAAACUGUGCACAGUGAUUUUUUUUUUAGAACUUGAGACAUUUGUGAUGUUGGCUGUUUAAAUCUUUGUUACCUUCGCUGUGAAUUGAAAUUGUACAUAUUUAGUAAAUCAUGCAGACAAAACAAACUUUUUAGACAAUAUUUUUAUUGGAGAGUUUUCUUUUCCUGUAUCCAUGUUAAAAAAAAAAAAAAAAAAAAAGACCUCCUUUCCCAAAAUAAAAAUGUCAAUACUAAAUUUAAAGAAGUAUAAAGGAAUGAUUGCUUCCUUUAGAGCUAAAUAUUUAAAUAAACAUGGAGAUA